AUGCAUCUCCAUCCUUCCAGCUUGAGUUUCAAAGUCUACUUCAUCUUAAUCUUCAAGAUAAUUGCAUAUGUCGCUGCUGUUCCUGUUUCCAGCGGCUCAGGAGCGGAGGUGGCAGGUCCAUCAAAUUCGCGUGGAUCGGAAUCUCCUAGUGGUUCCCAAACCAAAGUCGUAGUAGACUUCAACCCAGAUUCUGUCGAGCUCGAUCGUAGUAAACCUGCUGAGGUGGUCACAGCCUCUCCCUGGGCUUUUCUUUCCGACGCUGAGAAAAAAGAAUGGUCAGAUGGGAUCAAGAAAGUGAUCGCAAAAGGUCUCUCUCAUGUCGAAUAUGAGCUCGCAAAUCAGGAAAUUAUUGUGGACUCCCCGAUUGGAUUCCCCAGCCCCGAACGCGAUGGCAAGAUUUAUUUUGUCAUCCCCGCAUCACGUACAAAGGGUUAUAUCAUAUUGGGAAAUGGGUCUCUCUCCUUCAGCUACGUGACCAGCCGCCACCAAUCUAUCAGAAAAGACCUGGUUCAGACCGAUCCAACUCUCAAAACUGUAUUGCAAACCCUCUUGAAAAUUCGCACCAAGGCAGAAUCUCUGAAAAAGGAUGCUUUGAUGGCCAAAUCGAAGAAUUGA